CGCUGUGGCUGGGGUCGAAGGUGGAGGUCCGGUCCCCGGAUCUGGACAUGGCGAGCUGCCUCGGCGCACCUGGCUUUAAACCCGCCUCCGACCUGGCAGACAGGGGUGGGGGAUGGGAGGAAGGGCUGAGCAGAAAGGGCUCCUCUCUGCCCACAUCCCGCCCGCGCGCCCGGGAGACCCGCCGCCGCCGCCGCCGCCCGGCUCCGAGGGAUCCCGCCGGACCGGCCCCUUCCACUGCGGCUCACUCUGCCCUGCCUGGUGCCAGUCCUGGAUCGCCGGCUUCCUAUUUCCACCGGACUGGGCUGCUCUCCACUCACUUUAUCAUCCCGUUCCAGGUGGACCCUAACCUCCAGCGAGCUCCCUCUCCCAGCAGCACCCGCCCCCCACCAACGAUGCGCCCCCCCAAAGCUCAGGCUCUCCGAAACACCUCCCAGAGUCUCUCCCUUGAAGUGGACCCGGUCAUACCUCCCUCUCGCUCUCCCCGCUUCGUUGUCUCCCCCCCCCACCCCCCCACCGCCACAUCUUUUCCUGUUCCCCUUCCUUCUUGCUCUCCUCCUUUGCCUUUCCCCCUCAUCUGCUUAUUUCUUGCAAUUGGAGUUUUAUUCUUUAUGAGCGUUUGCCACACAGCCAUCCCCCCCACCCCUCUGAAAGACUCCCUCCCCGGCCCUCCCCCUCGCCAACAACCCAAAAGACAGAACAAAAUACACACAAGGCAGACACAAGGCCAGAAACUUACCUGCUUUCAACCAGCUGCAAAGUCAAGGCUCACUUAAGCUCCCCCCCAAAAAUCAAUUGUCCUUCCUUUUUAAAGGUUUGUUCUCUCCUUGGGAGGGGGGUGGGAAACACCUUCUGGUUCCCAACUCCAGGCAGUCACUCUUUACAAUUUAUUUUGUCGUACAUCAUUUGAUCACCAUGAAUUAGCAACAGCAAGAAAAUGUAGGAGAGGGAGAAAAGAGAGAAAGAGAGAGGGAGAGAGAGAGGGAGAGAGAGGGAGAGUGAGAGAGGGAGCAGAGCUUUCUGCAAGAGAAGAAGAAGAAAAAAUGUACGUGUGACAAAUUAUGCUACCAAGAAACAACACAUCAUUAUCCUUGGGCCUGGGGCUCAGUGAGUCGUAACGAGAGUAAUAGGAAAUCCACGGUUGGGGAGAGAAACGGUCGUGCUUGGCCAGUAGAGAGAGACCAUACAGGGGGAUGGAUGCUGGAGAGACUCGCAAAAUUAUGGCUCAAGGCUAUUGUAAAAAUUGUCGAGCGUAAAUGACUGCGAUUUCAAACAUCUUUGGAAGAAAGAAGGGGAAAAAGCGAGCCCCCCCUCCCUCCGGCUCCCUCUCUCUCCCUCUCUCUUCUCUCUCUCUAUAAAGAACCGUCAAGUUUUAGUGCGCAUUGCUAAUUAGUCAAUUUCUCUCUGCCUUCACAGGCUGGCGACUUCGCUGCUGAGCUGAAACUGCUAAUUUCUGUGACCAGCUUUUUUCUUAGCUGUGAUCUGGAUGAAUGAGUAGCUGUCUCACAGAGAUGACAAAAAUAAACUCUAAUCCCCCCCAAAAUUUCCACUACAUCUUUCUCAUGCAUAGAUUUAUGAUCUUCAAGCGCUCUGUGCAAUAUGCAAACUUUUUGUGUCUGUAGAUGUGCUGUUUGUUUCCAGAUUUCUCUACAUUCCUGCUUUUCCCUUUCACUCUGCUCCCCCCCCCCCAACCCCCCUACACUGGGAAAUGCAGAAACCGUCUCAUCUCAAAGUCUGCCAAGAUGCCACUUUAUAGUAUCUUGGUGUUUGGGGUUUGGGUCUGACUUGGAAGUCAGGAGUCCUUGCCUAAGAACUGAGUGGCUGAGUGUACAGCAGGGGUGGGGGAAGUAGACAGAAUAGAGGACAGCUCUUCGCUUUACAUUUGCUUCCCUGCAUUAUUCAAGCUUUAUGAUCUUGUUGGAAAACAUAUUUUCUCCAUCAUUUUGUCGGGUUAUACAACCAUCUCGGAACCUCUCUGUCAGCUCUUCAGCAGGAAGGGUUCAAAAGUCACUUUAUUUUUUUAAUUGGAAAAUUAUCCUAUUGUCAGAUUUGCCUUUCAAUUAGGAGUCUUUGAUUUGCAGGAGCUAGAAUCAAGUGCUAGGAGAGCCAGCUGCAAUUUCACAAAUGUAACCUUUAAACUUUGGAGCUCAUCUGAUAUAUAAGGUCGAUCUCAGAGAGCUCACAUUUUUGACCCUGCUUAGCAUGCAAAAUGAACCCCAGCAUGACUCUGGAAUUUCAGCUGUACCAAAGAUUCAUGUGCAUUUUGGUAGAGGACGUGUUCUCUUAGACUUAUCUCAUGAUGUAUUGCGCCCUUACAUUUAUAGCCCUGCAUUUUGGUUGUCAAUGGGGGCUGGAGGUGUCCAAGAAAGAAAGGGGAAAAAAAAGAAGAAGCAGGAAAAGGAAGGUAGGUAUGCCCUUGAAGAAAAUGAACAUGGAAGAAAGCUGGAUCUGAGUUAAAUUGAGUUUUGCUGGCUAUUAAAUAUAUGAACAUGAUUCAUUCUGACUGAUAUGUGCUCUGAUUAGUAAACAUAUUAAAAUACACAUCAGGGUACCACUGAAAUCCUGCCUUUUAACCUUCCCCUUUGAUUGGUAAAAGAUGAAAGACACCUGCUUAAGGGAGGGGAAAACCUGAAAAUUCUUUGGUUCAGAAUUCAGGAGUUUCCCACUUACAAUGAUCAACAUUAAUAUGCAUAUGGGAUAUUUACUCUUAAAUAGACUAGGCAGGAUCCAACCCAAGCGUUUAUCCCUCACAAUGGUCUUUCUUUAUCAAUAUCCUAGGUUAUUUGAGAGCAAGACUACUUUAUUCAAUCUUGCUGAGAUGCUGUGUUCUCAUAGUCAUAUUUAUAAUAAAAAAGCCCAAAUACAUGAUAAGAUAAUAGAAAAGGAUUUUUUUUUUAUUAGAGCAGGGAAAGGAAAGAACAGAUUAUCCAAAUCUUCUGGCCUUACUAUUAGUUUUUUAAUUUCUCUUAUUUAGUAGAUCUUGAACAGGAAGACUGUGUAACUGUAAUAUAGUGCCUUUUGGGGGUUCUGUUUCAUUAGCAGUUGAAGUUAUCAAGUGUGUGAAGUGUCACCCAACUCUCAAACACUAAAAGUACAAUUUUUAUGGUAUGCUUUUGAUGUUGAUCUUUUAUGAGCUUCCAAUGACAUAUUUGGAACUAAACCCAAAAGCAAAUUAAGAGUAUUGAUCACUUAAAUUAUUGCCAUCUUUCCAUUUUAUCAUAAGGGAAUUAGAAAUUAAGGUAUGUUUUCUAGACCUUGCAGUAUCUUAAUUUUGAAUUUCUACAUAUAUGUAUAUAUAUUUACUGGUGGGAUAUAUUGAUCACUAAUUGUGAUUACUAGGACUUCUGCCAUUUCCAAACAAUAGAAAAGUAACAUUUCAAAAAUUUUAACUACCUAUAAUUUCAAUGCUUAUUUAACAACUUGGGUAGAAGGGAAAGGGGUGGUUAGAGAUUGCAAUUCUUAAACAGCUGUUGAAGUGGUUAGGCUGCUUUCUUCUGGAUUUUGAAGUUACACUAUUUGAGAAUGUUUUAAAUUCAGAGAAAAAUUACAAUUAUGGCUCUUUUGUAAGCAAUUAAAAAAAAGAAUAUUGAUAAUAAUAAAAUCCAUUCACAAUCUGUA